CGAUUGGUCGACGACGACGUCAGCCUCGCGCCACUUCUUAGCGGCGAGCGCGAGAGGACGAACAGCGACUUUCCGCCAGCAACAACACGGUCACUAAGUAUACGGCUAAAUUGGUCGAAAAGCGUGGAACGCUCGACCUCCGGGAUUGUGGAGUAAAGUCCUAUCGCCAGUAGAUAUGGCGCGCAAAGAUUACGCGGCGGAGAAAGAUAAAUGCAAGAGAUUCUUGCAAGAAUUUUACUCUGAGGAUGACAAUGGGAAGAAGCUGUUCAAAUACGGCACACAACUCGUGGCGCUGGCCCACAGAGAACAAGUGUCUCUCUUUGUGGACCUGGAUGACGUGGCUGAGGAAGACCCUGAGCUGGUGGAGAGUGUCUGUGAAAAUGCCAAGCGCUACACGGGCCUCUUUGCAGACGCCGUGCACGAACUCCUGCCUGAAUACAAAGAACGAGAUGUUGUGGCCAAGGAUGCCCUGGAUGUGUACAUUGAGCACCGACUGAUGAUGGAACAAAGGUCACGUGACCCUGCUGACGCGCGUGAUGCUCGAAACCAGUACCCAGCGGAACUCAUGAGGAGAUUUGAGCUGUACUUCAAGCCUCCCAGCACAGCAAAGCCAAAAGUGGUGCGUGACGUGCGGGCCGACAGCAUUGGGCACCUAGUGACGGUCCGAGGCAUCGUUACCCGCGCUACUGAGGUCAAGCCCAUGAUGGUGGUGGCGACGUACACGUGUGACCUGUGUGGUGCCGAGACAUACCAACCGAUCCAGUCGUCUUCCUUCAUGCCCCUUGUCAUGUGUCCCAGCCAAGAGUGCGUCACCAACAAAUCUGGAGGUCGCCUCUACCUGCAGACCAGAGGCUCCAAGUUUGUCAAAUUCCAGGAGCUUCGCAUCCAAGAGCACAGUGACCAGGUGCCUGUUGGUAACAUCCCAAGAAGUAUGUCUGUGUACGCACGAGGUGAAAACACACGAGUUGCCCAACCAGGCGACCAUGUGGCCAUCACAGGAAUAUUCCUGCCGCUUCUGCGCACCGGCUUCAGACAGGCUACACAGGGUCUUCUGUCUGAGACUUUUAUGGAAGCCCACUGCAUCACGCUCAUGAACAAGACCGAGGACGAUGAGCUUGGCAACGAGGAGCUGAGUGAAGAAGAGCUGCGCAGCAUCACUGAGGAAGGGUUUUACGAAAAACUGUCUGGAUCAAUUGCGCCUGAGAUUUACGGCCACGAGGAUGUGAAGAAGGCUCUGCUUCUGAUGCUGGUCGGAGGAGUUCAACAAGCUCCUAAAGGCAUGAAGAUCAGAGGUAACAUCAACAUCUGCUUAAUGGGAGAUCCUGGAGUAGCCAAAUCCCAACUCUUGUGCUACAUUGAUCGCCUGGCUCCCCGCAGCCAGUACACGACAGGCCGAGGCUCCUCGGGUGUGGGUUUGACGGCAGCUGUGAUGCGUGACCCGUUAACGGGCGAGAUGACCCUGGAAGGCGGAGCGCUCGUGCUGGCAGACCAGGGCGUGUGCUGCAUCGAUGAGUUUGACAAGAUGGCCGACGCCGAUCGCACAGCCAUCCACGAAGUGAUGGAGCAACAGACCAUUUCUAUUGCCAAGGCUGGCAUUAUGACAUCCCUGAAUGCUCGCUGCUCCAUCCUCGCCGCCGCCAACCCGGCAUACGGCCGCUACAACCCCAAAAAGAGCAUCGAGCAGAAUAUUCAGUUGCCGGCUGCGCUGCUCUCGCGUUUCGACUUGCUCUGGCUCAUCCAGGACAAGCCGGACGCAGACGCUGACCUCCGUCUGGCCCAGCACAUCACCUACGUGCACCAGCACUGCCGUCAGCCCCCCACGCACUUCACUCCCAUCGACAUGAAGCUCAUGAGACGUUACAUUUACGUGUGUAAGAAGAAGCAGCCAGUGGUGCCCGAGUCGCUGGCAGACUACAUCACCGCUGCCUACGUGGAAAUGAGGAAGGAGGCACGGGUCAGCAAGGACACCACCUUCACCUCAGCCCGCACCCUCCUCUCCAUCCUCCGCCUCUCCACUGCGCUGGCCCGCCUCCGCUUGAUGGACGGCGUGGAGAAGGAGGAUAUCAACGAGGCCAUGAGGCUGAUGGAGAUGUCCAAGGAUUCGCUGCAAACUGACAAGUCAAGCAACACAAGGACUCAGCGUCCGGCCGAUGUCAUCUUUUCAUUGGUGCGUGAGCUGGCCGCAGAGGGCGCGGCAGGCCGCGGUGGCGUGGUACGCAUGUCGGAGGCCGAGCAGCGCUGUGUGUCACGGGGCUUCACCCCCGCCAUGUUCCAGGAGGCCCUGGAGGAGUACGAGGAGCUCAACGUGUGGCAGAUCAACCAGGCUAGAACCCGCAUCACCUUUGUAUGAGAUGCUCACAUAAUCAUCCUUUCUCUGCUGUUCAGAAUUCGCCAUUAAAAGAUGAGCUAGCAGUGCUCCCCUUGAAAGAAUUCCACUCCAGCAGAACUUUUGAGUCUGAUCCACAUUCCAGCGCUUGAUUGAGUAAAUCUGUAUAUUUUUACACAUUGGGAUGCAAUGUCAAUUUAGAUUCUGUUGUUGUGACACAAAGCUAUAAUAAAUUUAUCAUUCGCUCA